CAUGCCACAAUCGCUGUAUCAUCUGAAUAUUUCUGUACGUGGCAUGUGUCAGACUUAUAGUUAAAGUCUGCUGUUACAGGGUGAAGGGGAACGGGGCCAGAACCGUUCCCUGUGGGGCACCAACAUUGCACACCACUGUGCCAAAGACACUGUCCCCCAGCUUGACAAACUGUGGUCGACCCGUCAGGUAGUCAUAUAUCCAGGAGAUAAAUGUGGAAUCCACCCCCAUCUUCUUAAGCUUGUCAUUCAGAAUCAGGGGUUGGAUGGUGUUGAACGCACUUGAGAAGUCGAAGAACAUAAUCCUCAUAUAGCCACCGGGUUUGUCCAAAAAGGAGUAGAUCCGGUGCAGCAUGUAGAGGACUGCGUCAUCCACCCCAAUGUUCUCCUGGUAUGCAAACUGUAGUGGGUCGAGUGCGUGCUGGACUUGUGGUCUCAGGAGACGAAUGAGUAGCCGCUCCAUUGUUUUCAUGAUAUGGGAUGUAAGGGCCACCGGUCUGUAGUCGUUGAUCUCGGUCGGCCGCUAAUGUUGGCUGCUGUCUCAAAUUCUGCUCUGUGUCAUUGACUGGGCUACACAGUUUCACAAUUAUGAACUAGUAGGCAGUCUCAGGUGAUAGGGGAAAGACCUAACAGGAAAAUUAAGGCAGAUUGGUCCACACAGAGGGUGGCGAGUGUAUGGAACGAGAUGCCAGAGGAAGUGGUUGAGGCAGAUACUAUUAUAGCAUUUAAAAGACAAUUGAGGGAUGUGGACAAUUGGGACUCCCUUCAACGGGGUAUUUUGGUUGGGCAGAUUGACCUGUGCAAACCUGUGACCAGAAAUGGACCAUAUGCGGGAAAUUGGGAGUAGGUCACAUGGUCAUGAUGGACAGAAUGGGCCGAAGGGCCUGUUUUCGUGCUUCACAACUGGGUGAUUCUAUGAGCACACAAUAUACGGUUCUAAUUACAUGGAAAUCACAGAUUUAAAAACAACUGCAAGGCCCCCCGCGAGAUCGGUUGGGAACCUGGGAAUUCAUCGCGAGCAUAUGGGAUGGUGGAGUGUUGGAAAAUCAACGUGUUAAUAACAUUGUCAACUUGCCCAACUGCAUUCACAUUGACGCCCAGAUACAGCCCACCCCAACACCUCUAUUUCAUAACGAGAUUUCGGUUAAAGAUGUUCAACAUGUCUCCAACGGCUAUUACCAACUCGAGCAGAUACACCACAAAAAGCAUGCAAUGGGCACUACUCAUAGAUCGGCUUGCGAGCAAUUUUCCCUCAAAUCGCAAAAUAACGCAGAGAAUUGUGGAUGUAGCUCAAUACAUUACACAUAGCAGAUGCGCCACCACUGAUUCUAUCUGCACCUCACACUGCCUCAGUUAAAGAUUUAAAACAAAUAAGGACCACUCACAACAUAGUUCUUCCCUGUGUUCCCCUCGGGCAGAAUAUACAGAAACAUUACAGCACAUACCGCCAGGGAGGGCAACAGCUUCUUCCCCGCUUAUCAGACUUCUAAACAGUUCUCCCAUGAUACGAUGACGAAUAUAUUCCCAUUUUUCGAACCAACCUCGUUGUGCCCCGUGCACCCAUCUCAUUUGCUCUUUAGGUUUAAGUUGAGACUUAUUUUGGUCACGUGUACCAAAUUAAUUAUUUGAUUAUGGUGAGUUCUCUAGACAGUAUAAAGUGUAGAUGCAACAAUAGUGAGAAUUCUGAUCUGUUUCAUGGAUUGGGCAACAUCUUCAACUCUAUAAUUUCCUGCUUUCUUGGCCAGAGCUCAUCCCAAACUAAGUUGCGAUGUAACCUGGCAAUAUAUUGUCAACGUUUGUAACAGUCACGGGAGACAUGCUGAAUGUACCCAGUCUCUUCAGGAUGUUGUGCCUUGAUCUGCCUACUUGGCUGGUGCAUCAACGUGCUUGGUCCAGGACAGAGUCUUGGCAAUAUCUCGCCACGUUCUCAACUAUUUCCACUUCUUCACCACUCAUACUAAUUAUGGAGUUCUGUCGGUACUGAAACCGCGUCCCUGCUGGGAAUAUCCUCUGUAGCUGCAGCACCACAUUCUGAAAUGUAUAUAUUUCCUCUAUUACACCUCCUUUUAUAUUGAUGCAUGGUAGAAUUUGCCGAGAUAACGCACAUAACUAAGAUUUCCACUGUACCUCGGUACGCGUGAUUAAAAAUACACCAAUACCAAUAAAUGGGGCCAUGCUCAACACAGCCAGCGUGGGCCGAGCAGCCUGUUCUCGUCCUGUACUGUGCGUUUUUAAAGGCAAAUUUGUUAUCGGUCUGUUCCGAAUGUCCUGCCCUUGGGAAUGGGAAGGUGGAAGUCUAGAUCUUUUGCAUAGGAUGCGAUGGUGGCGAAUGGGAUGGGAGGAGGGAAGUUUGUGGUUGUUUAAUGCCAGGAUUUGCAUCUUCACAGAUUCCUGUAUACGACAGGCACGCUCAUGAUCGCUUUCUCCUCCACGGAUUCCUGUAUACGACAGGCACGCUCAUGAUCGCUUUCUCCUCCACGGCCUCGGCCCUGCUGCUGUUUCCCGCACUCGCGUUAUUAGGAGCCGGAGGAGUGUUACUGACAACAAAUAUCAAGAUUGGAAAUCUGUUUGGGAGGAAGCGCGCCACAGUAAUCACCGUCUACACCGGGGCUUUCGGUUCCGCGACGGUUAUCUUCCUGUUGGUCAAGGUGGCAUAUGAAGCUGGUUUCUCCGUGAUGGCGAUUUUCCUGUUCAUUAGUUGCCUCAGCGUCCUCCACGUACUACGCACGGUCUUUCUCGUUCCCUGGAAACACAUCCCCUACCCGCUGCCUGAGGGCUUCAGCUACGGGGUGAACUGUGAAAAGGAUCGACUCAUGGACCAUGCGAUCGAGACCACUCAACAAGGGGAUUCUACACUGGCAGUCGAUCAGAUGGAGGGAAACAGAAAUGACAGGAGGGAGCAGAUUGGGGGAGAGGCAGGAAUGAUGUGGGAAAGGGAAGAGGGGAGAAAUCUGGCGGAUGCUGCUGUGGGGCAGGAGAGGGGAGAGAUGGAGGGCGAGAAGGGUGAGUGGAGGGGAGGGACAGAGGGAGAUACGAGAGAUGGGGAAGAGAAGGAGCAAAACUGUAGGCUGGGGACGGACAGCGAGAAUAAAGCGGGGAGCAGCGAGAGGGAGGGGCAGAAGGGAGAGUGUAGGGAAGUGACGAAGGGAGAUAAGAGAUGGGAGAGGGGAGAGGAAAAGGGACAGGUAGAAACAGAGGGCGAGUGGAGGGGAAUGAUGAAAAGGAGAAGGGGAGAGAUGGAGGGAGAGAUGGGAGCGGGGAAGGGUGGGGUGGCAGGAGGACAGGGAGAGUGGAGGAAAGAUACAGGGGAAGGUAAGGAACGGGGGAGGGAAGAGAAGGAUGGGAUGUGGAGGGAAGAGGCGGAUGAAAAGAAUGGGGAUGUGAGUGACGAAUUCAAGAGAGAAUGGUAUCCUGAGGGGCGAAGGGAAGAGAUGGAACAAAGGAGAGAGGGGGCGGUGGAGACUGAGGGUACAUCGGGUGAUGGACGUGAACAGCCACCUGCCGCAGAUAAUCUCCAGCACAACGGGUCAGAAGGUCCACAUAUCAACGGGAACGUGGAGGAAAUCCCCUCUUUCCGGAGCUGCCUUAUCUCACGCAUAUUCCUCACCAGCCUGCUCUGGACCUCGCUCCUUGUGCUGCGAUUAUCCUUUUUCGUCGGCACUCUGAACCCCCUGCUCAACCUCAUGACGAACGCUGAUCCCGAACAAGUCAGCAGGUUUACAAACGCCUUUGCGUUCACGCAGCUGUUUACCAUUCUGUGCGCUCCUUGGAACGGACUAAUACUGGACAGGCACAAAUUGAUGGGACGGGGUUUGAAUGCAGCCUCAGGCUCGGUAGCGUCACAGAGACUGGCCGACAUGCAGGCGACGGUCCUCUCUCUCGCCCUCACCGUUAUCCUCUCGGCCUUGUUCUCUCUCACCGCCGCCAUCCCGGUGCCGGAGGUUCAAUACCUGACGUUCGUUCUGUUCAUGAUCACGCGAUCCUUCCUGUUCGGGGGGCUCAGCGCGUUCAUCACCAUUACGUUCCCUCCAUGCCACUUUGGGAAACUCUACGGGACAACACUGGCGGUGGCGGCCAUCGUUUCCCUGCUGCAAUAUCCUCUCUUCAUCAUCGUUAAUGGUCCCUUGCAGGACGAUCCAUUGUACAUGAACAUCGCACUUAUCGUUCUGGUAUCCUUGGCCUUUGUCCACCCAAUCAACGUCUACAUCUACUGCCAGCGGGCCACGCACCAGAGGGGAGUGUCAAACCGGGGAUAGGGCGAGAGAGAAAGUGAGAUAUCGAGGAAGAUGGGAAAGACUGGGUCGGGAGCUGCGGGAGCGAUUCAGUGGGAAUAUUUUGCAACCAAAAGACCCUGGAAUCUUGAAGAAACACAAAAUGCGAAACAACUCAGCGGGUCAGGCGGCAUCGGUGGAGGGAAUGGAUUGGCAAAUUUUCGGGGACCAGAAAUGCUGCAAGAAAACGCUUGCGAACUAUAGAUCUAUCAUCUCUGGUGGGUACAUUAUUGGAGAGGAUUCUGUGCGGAAAGAUAUACCGUGCAUUCAGAAGGUUUUCAGACCCCUUCACUUUUUCUAUAUUUUGUUACGUUACAGCCUUAUUUGUAAAUUGAUUAAAUUCAUUUUCUUAAAUGAUUAAUCUACACACAAUACCCCAGAAUGAAGAAGCGAAAACAGGUGUUUGGAAAUUUUGUGCGAAGUAAUUAAAAAUAAAUAACUGAAAUAUCGUAUUUACAUAAGUAUUAAGACCCUUUACUCAGUACUUUGUUGAGGCACCUUUGGCAGCGAUUACAGCCUCAAGUCUUCUUGGGUAUGACGCUACAAGCUUGGCACACCUGUAUUUGGGUAAUUUCUCCCAUUCUUCUCUGCAGAUUCUCUCAAGCUCUGUCAGGUUGGAUGGGGAGAUCCAUGCACAGCUAUUUUCAGGUCCAGAGAUGUUCGACCGGGUUCAAGUCCGGGCUCUGGCUGAUCACCCUCCAAUGACUCACUCUCAUCUCUAGGGGAAAGGCGAUAAUUUCUAAAAGGCUUCUCUGUCUGGGUGGCACUUAUUCGCCUUGGUUUGGGUGGUUCGUAAACUGGUUCUGGCACUUGUUCUUUCUCUCGGGACGGGAAUACAGGUGGUAAUUUCUUAGUCUUACUCCUUGUACCGAGCGUCUGUUAGUGUCGGGGCUGUUGGGGUCAAGGGACUGUGCUGGUGCUGCUGUAGGGGAAGCAGGUGAUGCUACAAGAUCACUAUCCGCAUGGGGUGUGGGUGGUGCUGCAGGCACAGGAAGUCUGUGAGGCACAUAAGGUGCAGCAGGUGGGGGUGAUACAAGAGGCAUAAUGUGGGGGCUGCAACCCUCUGUUAAUAUGGAUACUCCCCCAAUCUUCCAGAUAUUCCUCGUCUCUCCCAUCCAAACCAAAGCCAACCAACGAGUCUCUGAACUAUAAUUCCACAAGUGCCACCUUUCCAUCAGGAGUCCACUAGUCUCUCGUUCCUUAUAUUCUCUAUAGGCACAUCCACAUUCCUUUAGGAAAUGUAUCUAAGGGUUUAUUUAUUUUAAACUAAAUAGUGGGGUGGAGGGAUAGACAAAUUGGGAGUAUACAGAUGGAGUUAAAGGGGAAGUGAGUACAGGAAAAGUUCAUUGUGAGCGGUGUGAGAGGGGAGGUGAAUACCAAAGUCAAAGUUGUAUAUGAAUGCGCAAAGUAUAAGAAAUAAAGUGGACGAGGUUGAGGCUCAGUUAGAAAUUGACAAGUACAGGUGCACAACCUUUUAUCCGAAGAUCCAAAUAACGAAAACCUCCGAAUAGCGACAUUUUUUCGGUCCUUGAAGAAAGGUCCUUGAAAACGCUCACCGAGGGCGGCCCGCAGAGGUGACAGUGGAACCUCCGGUCGGUCCUCGAAGAAAGGGGAACUAAAUCCCCAUUCAUAAAAGAGAAGGUGAGGGUAUAUUGCGCGGGAGGGUUAAUAAUUGACAAUAUGCUGCUACCUGCCCGCUGAGUUAAAACGUUCCCACGGUAGACUCACGAUACACAGUGUAUCAUGAGUCUUGCGUGGGAACUUCUCAACUCAGCGUGCAGGCAGCAGCAGAUUGUCGCUCCCUUCAAUUUCACCCCACCUACACCCCUCUGCUUCCCGGCCAUGUGUGUGACCCCAUCCCUCCCCUCUCCAG